GUGAAAAGCCGACAACGAAGAGAAUCUUUAGGCCUAACUAAUCUCUCAUACUAUUUUAUUUAGAUCUAUUUGAAUUUAAAAGUUUGUUUAAAUGAUGGAGAAGGGUAUGAAAAUAGCCGAUAAACAUGGAGAGUCCCCCAACUCAAGCCAAGGAUCAUGCCAAUUAAUCUGUUUACAAAAGACGCACCCAUCAAUUUCUCUUCCAGACAGAGUGGCGGUUAUCGUUGGAAGAAGCCCUGACACAAAAAUCACAGAUCCAAGAUGUUCUCGAAAUCAAGUUGAAUUAACUGCCGAUUGGAAAAACCGUAAAGUGAAGGUCAAGCAGCUUGGAGGAAAUCCUUCAUCUGUUGAUGGAAAAGAUGUUUGUCAAAAUGAAGAAGCCAUCAUGACUAAAGAUUCAACUUUAUUUAUUCUCUCAGGUCAGUAUCCUCAUCAAGUUACUUUUACCAGUACAAGAAGUCAAAAAAGCUCUACAAAACAGACCUCUUCAGUGUCAGAAGUUGAAAAGGCCAAAUCUGUGGAUAAAAUUGAAAACCACUCAAAACCAUCUAAACGGCCUAGUUCUGAAAUAAAUUUAAGUGAUAGUAAAAAACCAAAACUUGAAAGUCCAAGCUCAAAUGAAAAUAAAAAGAAAUCUCAUAAAAGUAAAAAGUCUGAAGCACUAGACCAUGUAGUUUGUGAAGAGGAGGAUGAGGAAGCAAAAAUAGCUGCUGCCAAGCUUUCUCAAUUGAAACAUAAAGUUCAUUCAGAAAAAAACCAUCAACAUAGGGUGGAAGCCAAAAAAGAGAAAGAGUCUUCUUUAAAUACAUCAUCUUCUUCAUCUGGAAAAGUUUCAUCACCUCCAAAGCCAGCAGCAGAAGACUCUUGGAGUAGCCAUGAACAACUUUUUGUUUUUACAUCCAAAGGAGUGACGUCAAGAAGUAAGAUAGCCUCAUUUGAUUUAGAUGGAACAAUAAUAGUUACAAAGUCUGGUAAAACAUUCCCUACUGAUUCCACUGACUGGAAAAUUAUCUACCCUGAGGUGUUCAAUGAAUUAAAAAGACUGCAUGUAGAAAAAUAUAAAAUAGUAUUUUUCACAAACCAGCUUGGUGUUAGCAAAGGCAAAACAAAAAUUGAGGAUUUAAAAGAAAAAGUACAGAAUGUUGUAAGCAAAUUACAAGUUCCUGUACAAGUUUUUAUAGCUACCCAUGAUGGAGAGUACAGAAAACCAAAUGAUGGGAUGUGGGAAAAAUUAAAAUCUGGAUAUAACAACAAGCUGGAUAUUGAUGUUAAAUCUAGUUUUUAUGUUGGAGAUGCUGCGGGAAGACCAAAAGACUGGGCACCUAAGAAGAAGAAAGAUUUCUCAAAUAGUGAUAGACUGUUUGCACUGAAUAUUGGUUUAUCAUUUAAAACACCUGAAGAGUUUUUUCUAAAUCAGAAGCCAGCACCAUUUAACAUGCCUGAGUUUGAUCCUAGAACAUUGAGAAAUGAUACUCCUCUCAUUUCUAGCAAAAGCCAGCUCACAAAGAGUGGAAAAGAGAUAAUUGUGCUAGUAGGACUACCCUCAAGUGGGAAAUCAUAUUUUGCUAAUGAAAUUUUGAAGCCUAAAGGUUAUGCAGUAGUGAACAGAGACACUCUUGGCACUUGGCAAAAGUGUGUAAAAAUGGUAAACCAAUCACUAGUCAACUCCAGCGUUGUUGUUGACAACACUAAUCUAUCAAAGGAGGAGCGCCAGAGAUAUGUUGAGUCUGCAAAGAAUGCCAAAGUGCCUUGUAGGUGUUUUGUGUUAACAACUUCUGUUGAACAUUGUAGACACAAUGAAAGAUUUCGUCAAAUGACUGACAAGUCUCACGCUAAGAUAAACGAGAUGAUAUUUAAUAAAGCCAAGUCCAAAUAUGAAGAACCAAAUACAUCUGAGGGGUUUACGGAAAUCUUACAGAUUAAUUUUGUGCCAAAAUUUUCAUCCCCAAGCUUGGAGGCGAAAUAUAGAAAAUUUUUACUAGAGAAAUAAUUAAAAAAUAAAAUUUAAAAAAUAAAAAAGGUUCACAAUUAUAUUUCUUAUGCUCCUUCACUCAUCAUAAACUUCUAUCAUGUUGUAAUUUUAAAAAUCUUGUUUACAAACUAUUCUUAAUUCUUUGUGUGAUACAAUGCAAAUAGAAGUAUACAAUUGUUAAUGUUCUCUCGUGCCCAAAUAAAAUCUGUCGAUGACAUCAAUA